AUGCGCAAACUGAAGAAACAGAUUGCCACUCGACAAAGAAGACUCUAUGCUAUUCAUCAACACGUAAGCAAUAAAAUGCAGCAUUCGUAUGAAGACUAUGGACCUACGUCAAGCCCACCAUCACCAUUUCAAAUAACGCAGUGGAAUAAACAGUUUAGACAGAAGGCCAAAAAGGUGCGUCGUUUACACAAAAAUCGCAAAAUUGAUGUGCGAAACAAGUUUAUAAUAUGCUUGCAAUCGUCGAGCUUCGCAACGUAUUUGUUGCAGCAAUCUUUGGGCGUAAAAAGAGAUACCUGUGGUUCCGGUUUCAUAUCGUGAAAAAAUUAGGGUCGGUAGGUCGGAAAUAAAUUUUUUUUGAAUAUUUUCAUGGUUUUGGCGGUUUUUUGCUGGGCGAUUUGCAGUAGAGUCCCGACAUCAAUAUUAACUAGAGAUGCGUAUUUCCUAUGGACGAAUUUAGGCAAUUUGGUUAAAUAAUUAGUGUGACAACUGACGCCAUUUUGGCACGCUGUAUGAGAAGCCCGCAACCGCCUGGAGAAAAUAGGGUCGCACGGUCAAUCGCGUUAAAAAAAUAAUAGGGUCGGCAGAAAAAAAUAGGGUCGGUCGGGAACCGGAACCACAGGUUUGUUUUUUUACGCCUUGUCCAAAGAAUAUAGAAUCUGCAGAGAGGUUGCAUGGAUCAUUGGAACAGCUUAAAUUAAGCCUGGUUCACACCAGAAAUUUUGCUGGCGAGUUUGUGUUUCUGACGGAUGCAAAUGAGUGAAUUCGCACACAAAAGUAUAGAGUUGCUUUUCAGAAUUAAACAAUUCGAAGUCUUUUGCAUGUCAUUCAUUCGAUCACAUCUGCCAGGAGGAGAAAAAUCGCUGAAAGAAUUGCCCGUGUGAACCACGCUUUACCAGAAGUUAAGUAUGAUUGGUCAUGACCUGUCUUACGAGAAGUGAUCAGCACGACCAAUGCAUUUAAAUAUUAAUAAGCAACUGUACACUUGAGGGACACUUGUCCGAGCCAAGUGAAAUUAUUAUGAUCCACAUUGGAUAAGAUUAAUAUGAGAUAAAAUUUAAAUUAAGAUUAGAGAUUACAUGAGAAUACGCUUAACAUUGCAUUUUAAUUGAACAAGUUAAUUUUUAAUUUUGAAAGAUUACUUGAUGUUCAGAUUAAAAGUUAGAUUAAGAUCAGAGUAGAUUAAUUUCAGAUUAAAUUUAGGUUAUUGUACUGAAAAUGUGCAUUUUCCUUUCAUUCCCAGCCACUGAAAGACCUGAUGCGAUUGAAGAGGUUAAUAACCAGUAAUCCAUCAGAGCCAGCCGUUGAUAUGCCUUAUCCCAGUCGUAACCAGAAACUACCACGGCGUCUGUGUCUUCCUGUUAUGAAAGGCUUGCUGGCUGUAUUGUUAUCAUCUCAAGGUGCUUGUAGUGUCGACUUCUUUGUACUUAUAUGCAAGGUAUGGGAUCUUAAUUUAUACCUGACCAGGGCCGCCGAGAGGGGGGGGGCAGGGGUGGCAAAUGGCCUUUUUUGGGGUGAAAUAUUUCCGCGCAAGGGGCAAGAUAUUUGGGUUUUUUGGGCAAAGUAACGAAAUUUGGUAUGAAAAAUUGAGGUAAAGUCGCUGGAAAGCGAUUACAACGUGCCCUGAAAAGUUGUCGACGGGGGGGGGGGGGGGGGGGGGGGGGGAGGAGAGGGCUUGUUGUCGAAAGAAAAUUUUUUGCCCCGGGCCCACGGUGCUACGUCAUGUAAUGUACACUAUAGUGGAUCGAUAUGACAAUGAAAGAGAGACAUCGAGCAAGCCUACAGGAUUUGGGACAUCUCACUCGAUAAAACUAAUUGUUGAAGGAAUUUGUAGAUGGAAAUUUCGAGUGGAAUUUUUAAACAUUUGUUAGACCUAACUAGGAGUUACUAGGAGCAGUUGUGAAAAAUGCAACAGCUAUAUAUAGGACCUCUAGCAGGAAUCGAACCUGCGGCCCUGCGAUUCCGAUACAGCGCUCUAACCACUAGUUCAUGUGCUGUAGGUCAAGGAUGGGUUGACUACAAAAUUUUUGUAGUUUGCUAUAACUACAGCUACUUCAAAAAUAUGUAGUCAGCUACAACUACUGCUAUACUUUUGAACAAAGGUAUACUGACUACAGCUACUGCUUAAAAAAUGUAGCCAACUAUUUCGCUACUUCGCUACGCUAUAUUUUUUAGUUUUACUGUAUUUGGAGCAUCUACUAGCUGAGGCUGUAAUGUAACCUAUGACAAAUCGACUUACGAUUAGAUAAGAUGGCACUUCAACAGUUGCACGGUGUUUUUUUAUUCGUGCAAAUUGACUAUUGAGUAUUGAUUUUAAGCAAACCGUGUCUCAAUAUCAUGCUAUUCUAUAAGUUGCUAACAAUUUUAAAAAGUAGCGAGUAGCGAUCGCUGUUUGAAAAGUAGUCAACUAUACUUGGCUACUUUUAGGCAAAAUGUAGUUCGCUAUAACUACAGUUACUGUUUUAAAAAAGUAGUUAAAAACUACUGGCUAUUUGAAAAUUGUAGUUCGCUACAGUAGCGAAUUGCAACUACUUCGCUACCAUCCACCCUUGCUGUACGGCUAUUUCUUUCUGGUCCAGUGUUACUGCAGAAAGAACAUAAGUGGUGUUUGGUAG